CUUCUUCUUCUUCUUCUUCGAUCUUCUUGUUUUAAUUUCCUGCAGCUAGCCAUUGUUGUUGCGAUGGAGAGGGUGACGUCGUUGGCUUCACAGUCGCCGGUGGUGAUCUUCAGCAAGAGCUCUUGUUGCAUGUGUCACACCAUCAAGACUCUCAUCAGCGACUAUGGGGCCAGCCCCACCGUCUACGAGCUGGAUUUGGACCCUCGAGGGAGGGAAAUUGAGAGAGCUCUGGUGAGGUUAGGAUGCAAGCCGUCUGUUCCGGCGGUGUUCAUCGGCGGUAGGCUGGUGGGUGGAGCUAAUGAGGUCAUGACCCGUCAACUCGACCGCUCUCUUAAAGAAUUGCUCAUUCGUGCCGGAGCAAUAUUUCUUUAGCAGAAAAAAAACUCUUCUGAGUUCUGACUUCUGUUAGUGUUAUAGUGUUAGGAUCUAAGUUAAAAAAAAUACUAUCUAUGUUAUUUGAAAUAAUCUAUAGCAGCCCCAUCGGAUAUGCUGUUAAUAUAUGAGUCUAAUUAACUGAGACAGACGAUAUAUAUUUAUAUAAAUAGU